UAAUGAGGAAUGCGCUGUAAAGGAGGAAACGAGAUAGCAUUCGAAUGUAGAUAAUCCACUAAUCCGCUAAUCUCCGUUGACAAGUGUCUUUUGUGGGAGGUUCAAAGACGAACAUCCGUAUAUAUUCCGGAAUUUUGUUACCGGCUUUGUAAAGUAUGCCAGUAAAUUAGGAAGACCAGUUGAUAGAAAAGUGUCUACGAAAGGAACAGAAAUUUUCGAACCGGAAAAAUGGCAUAUAUUAAUGCGGAAGUAUCCCAUUGGCUGUGCACAUGUGUAGUCAUCGCAACGAUGUUGAUGGUUUUUGGGCGGUGCGAGGCAGGUAUCCUCGACAAAUCAGAUGAGUCAGAAAUAAACUUUCGAUCUACAAACAUAGAAGGAAGAGAACACGGAUAUAUGCAGGAAUCCGAAUUCAAACGAGGAUUUUGGGACAAACGUGGGUAUGGCGACAAAAGAGGAUAUGGCGACAAGCGGGAGAGUUUUGAGCCGGAAGUUGGCUCCACCGGACUUUUAUCCUAUUUUAGAAGCGUACUUCCGCUUGUAUUGGACACUUACGCAGAGAAUGUCGCCAUGACGAAAGACAAACAAUUGCAUCAAAAUGACUUAAAGAGAGGUUUCUGGGACAAACGUGGUUAUGGCGACAAAAAACGUUCAUAUCCUCAUCUGUCGGGUAGAUACUUGAAAUUUUAGUUUUCGAGAAAAACUGGUUGAGCUUAUUUAGAUGUCAAUUAAAACAGAUGAAUAAAAAGA